AUGGCUUCCAAGGCGAUGUGGGAAGUCGAUCCGGAGACCAGAAGCAAGCUCGCGCAGUUAGGGAAAAAGGAGGGCUUCGGGAACGACAAAUGUUGCGACUGUGGCGCACCUUCGCCGCAGUGGGCAUCCCCUAAAUUCUCCACGUUUAUCUGCCUGCAGUGCGCCGGCACGCAUCGCGGCCUAGGCGUGCACAUCUCCUUUGUCCGCUCCGUGUCCAUGGACGCCUUCAAGCAGAACGAGAUCCUCCGCAUGCAAUAUGGCGGCAAUAAAGCGUGGCAAGACUUCUACAACAAGAACUCACCUAUACCCUUUGACGAAGCCACGAUCAAAGAGCGCUACGACAGUGAGAUUGGCGAGGAGUGGAAAGAGCGGCUCACGGCCCAAGUCGAGGACAGAGAGUUCGACAAGGCUGCAUUUCUAAAAGAGCGACAGGCCAUGUUGCAGAAACAGACGAGUCGGUCUGCCACGCCGGCUGGAGGUGUGAGAAGUAACAACAACGGCAGCACUGCGGGGAGUCGGACUGCGUCGCCCGGCCCAGUCCCGGGUAAGGGUCGUAUAACGGCUGAGCAAAAGGCACAGAAUGAAGCAUACUUUGCCCGGAUGGGUGAGGCGAAUGCUUCAAGACCAGACAAUCUCCCGCCUAGCCAAGGGGGGAAGUACCGUGGAUUUGGCAGUGCGCCGCCCGAACCGCCGCAACAGGUCUCUGCGAUGCCCACUGCAGAUGAAUUCUCAAAGGACCCCAUGGCCGCCUUGACCAAAGGCUUAGGCUGGUUCGGUGCAGCUGUGGGAAAACAGGCCAAGAUGGUGAACGACUCAUACAUCCAACCCUCGGCUCGAAAUAUCGCCACCUCGGACUUCGCGGCACAAGCACGCAACGCCGCCUUUGCAGCAGGCCAAGGGAUCCAGAGCGGCGCGAAAGGCGCGGCGGAAUCAUUCAACAAAUUUAUCGAGGGCCAGGACGAGAAAGCCAGCACGGUGGCUGCAGCGAAAAAAGUCGAGCCCGAACGUAAAGACUUCUGGGAUAGCUUCGGCGCCCCCUCAGAGUCGAAUAAGACGACGAGUAGUAUUGGCACGAGCGCGAUGAAGAAGACGACGACCACGGCGAAUCCGCCGAUGAAGACGAAGGAGGACGGUUGGGGAGAUGACUGGUAG